AUGACGGCUGUGGUUCAUGCAUACCGGCAUCUGUACAGACAAGGUCUGAAAGCUAUUCGAUACUCAACCCCUGCCCGACAUGUUCUGAGAUCCACCUUGCGGAGCUCCUUUCGUUCGUCUCCGCUCGAGGAUUUCGACCAGCCUAGAAUCGACAACACUCUGGCUUUCAUGCAACGGGCUGCAGAAACGAAUGGCCUUGAGCACAAAAUCCUGCGUAAUAUUCUAAUGACGAGAUACUGGGAAACUCCACAAAUUGCUAAGGAGUCUCGCAUACUGAAGAUGCUUGGCCUUGGCAAGGAGGAGUAUCGAUUGCGCAAGGAUGCUUCGAAGCAUUUCAAUUUGACCCUUGAACGCCUGAAUGACAGCCUGGGGACCUGCCUGAAGUGA